GGUUUGUUUGUUUGUUAUUUUCCCACUCUCUAUUAUAUUCUAAAAGAAUAAACUUUCGCGUGUUCUAUUAUUGUUCUCCAAUAAAAUUGUGUCAUAGAAAAUUUUGUAAAUAAAUUAUUAAAUUUGCCGUCAUUAAAAGUGUAAUUGGUGAAAGGCACAGUAAUUUCUCCUAAAAAACUGUGCUUAAUAUAAUUCCCAACACAAUGUUGGAGCGCAGCUUUCGGGGAUGCGUCAUUAAAAGCUCAGCGACCACCACAAAAACGACAAAAAAGGUUAUGUCCCACGAUGAAUUUAUGAAACGCAUAAAUAAAACUUUAUAUUUCGGCAAUGAUUUCACUGACAAUGAUGAUGAUAAUAUUCCUCAUACUACCAUGGAGAUGUCUAAACCCUUGGCGGAGUAUGCCUCCGAAUUGUUUAGCGACAGCCAUCGUGGUUAUACAUUGAAUCGUUUAAGUUGUGUGGAGGCUUCCAGUGUACAAACGGCCACACCGGCUACUUUGAUUAUGGCUUUAAUAUACUUGGAUCGUUUGAAUGUUACGGAUCCCGGCUAUGUUAGACGUAUAACACCUCAGGAAUUGUUUAUUGUUUCUAUGAUGAUUUCAACCAAGUUUUAUGUGGGACACGAUGAGGAAAUAUACAUGUCUGAUUGGGCUGAGUAUGGUAACAUAUCGGAGGAUAAUUUAAAGCAAUUGGAGUUAAAAUUCUUAUGCGCAAUUGAUUGGAACAUAUACAUAUCGAACGAACAGUUUUUCGAAAAACUCACCAGUAUUGAAAAAACUUUGGCACGAAGACAGGGUCUACGUCGUGGCUGGUUGACCUACAGCGAGCUCAUACAAAUGUUGCCCUCAUUCGCCUUAGCCAAAUUUUUGCUCAGUAACAUAACCGUAAUCGCCGUCAGCUAUGCCGCCAGUGUUAUGACCAUAGCUGGGGCAUUAUUUUUGGCAGCACAAAUUCCCGGCACAUCAUUGCAUCGUCAACGUACUCAGUUAACAACGAAUAAUACAGAUUUGUUAAACGAUGCCGAUGUGGAUGUGGGCAAUGUUAACGUAAAUGGAUCGACCGUAAGCGCAGCUACAUCAGUGGUUAUAACACGACAGCACAAUCAUACCAAUUUGGCAUUAAAUGUUGAAGAUGAAUUGCUCAAACUAGAGAGACAAUAUCGUGAAGAGGCUUUGCGUGAUAGUCUGUUGCAAAAGAAUAAUGAAAUUUCCACAGAAUCCCGUCUAACAUUGCCCCAACAAAUGCUAAUGGCCAAAAUAAAUGUCAAUCAAAAGUGUGCUAAACAUGGUAAACAGUAUCAGCAACAGGGUCAGUGGUUUGCCCACAAGGAAGAGUACAGUGAUUAUGGUAAGUUGUCGGCAGAAGCUCAACAGCACUAUGAUAUGGAUCUUUAUCGUCAACCGCUAUUAAUGCAAACCCGCCAUGACUAUGCUACUAAAGGAAUACAUUCUGGAGGAUUUAAACAGGAAUCUACACAUCAUUUAACAUCUUAUGAUAAUUCUACUAUGGUAGGUUUGCUUUGGCACUAUCUAGCCGAUAGUGUACAGCAUACAACAUUUAUGCGUUUGCCUUUUGUAUGGCUGAAAUUUAUGUAAACAUAAAUUUUCAUAUACAAAUAUACAUACAUAAAUCUGAUAGUUUUUUUUUACGGAUAUGUAUUUGGAAUAUCUUUUAACUUUUUUUCUUUAUUUUUUUUAUUAAUCACUUUUAAUUUUUUAUAUAUUUAAUAAAUGAUUUACUAAAUUAACGUUUGCUGAAACGUAGUUGUGCAAAUAAAAUUUGCAUAACAACAACUAACUAACAAACAAAUUAAUAUACAUAUUUAUAAUAUUUAACAAAAUAAUAUAUUAUAUAUUUUUUGAGCAUACAUAAUAUGAAAA